AUGGCAGCUCCACAAGUGAAGACUGGUUUGUUCGUCGGAUUGAACAAAGGACACGUCGUCACAAGACGCGAAUUGGCUCCUCGUCCCAACUCUCGCAAAGGGAAAACGAGCAAGAGGACGUUGUUCAUUAGAUCAUUGAUCAGGGAAGUUGCUGGGUUUGCUCCAUACGAGAAGAGAAUCACUGAGCUUCUCAAGGUUGGUAAAGACAAGAGAGCUCUUAAGGUUGCUAAGAGGAAGUUGGGUACACACAAGAGAGCCAAGCGAAAGAGAGAGGAGAUGUCUAGCGUUCUCCGUAAGAUGAGGUCUGGUGGUGAGAAGAAGUAAACAUUUCCUUCAAGGCUUCUGUGUUAUGGGAGCUUUGUUACUUUUAAAACUCACAAGUUUUGGUUCGCUUUGCAAGUUAGCUUUAUGCUCAAAAACAUCUUUGUGUUGUGUUUUGUUAGGAAUAUGGAUUAAUGUUUGGUUCACUAUGUUCUGUUUUCUCGUUAUACAUUUCAAACUUUACUACUUCUAUGCAUAUCCAUUAGGGCUGGGCAUUUUAUUCGUUAAAUUUGAUUCGAUUCGUUAUUCGUCUCGAUU